GUGCGGGCGGUAUAUAAAGUGACGAUCAAAAGAAUCUGUCCGAGUAGACAAUCUAUUCAUUGACGAUAGAGAUAACUUAGCUAAGGAAUGAAAAAAAUUAUUGUGCUGUUGGGAGUCGUCGCCUGCUCCUACAGUUCCGAUUGGGACUUUGGAAAUCAUGGCGGUGGCGGGCUUACGUUGGGGGAAAUUUCCGUAGACCAUCAUGACUUGGGAGCUUUUAACCUGGGAGGAACAGAAAGUCAUUCCUUAGAUUUUUUGGGAGACCAUUUGCCAACAAAAGUCAGUGAUUGGCAUUUGGGGAUCGGCGGUCUUCACGGAGCCAAUGUCAUUCCCAUUAUUAAACAUAUCGGCGUCCCGACGAUAAAAAAAGUCCCGAUUAGCGUACCACAUCCGGUGGUGGAAACAGUUCCGCAGCCUUAUCCCCUUCAUGUGCUAGUACCGAAACCCGUACCGUUCGAGGUGGAAAAGCAUGUGUUUAAGACCGUCGAGAAGAAGGUGCCGACGCCCGUCGAGAAAAUAAUUCCGGUUAAGGUCGAGAAGCCUGUGCCGUUUCACGUGGUGAAGCACGUGCCUGUACCGGUCGAAAAGCCGUUUCCGAUCAAAAUUCCGAUCUACAAGACCAUCGUGCAUACAGUCAAGCAUUGAUUUCUCAUGUUAAAAUGUGUUUUUCUCUAUUUGUUGUUGAUAUAUUCUUUUUUACUCCGUAUAUCCGGUUGAAGAUAUGUACAACGGUGCGAGAAGACGAAAUGUUUCGCUUCUGUACAGCACUGUAGAACAGUUAUUUAUUAAAACGUUUGCACUGAUGGAAUA